CUCCAGUGCGCGACGACACACAUGCAGCGCGACCACCGCCACCGGCACCGCCACCGCCGCUGCUAGCGCCCGCGCACAACCACCCACAACCACACACUCUCUCUCACAAACACACACGCACCGAACCGCCGGCCCGCCCGCCAUGGAGCGGCCGCUUGCUUUCGCCGCCGCCAUCUUGGCGCUCACAUUACCCUACGGAGUGCCCGCGGCGUCCCGUGGCAGCAGCAACUACUACGGCAAACUCAUCGGCCCCCUGACCGAGUACGCACACGGCAUCCGAGGCACCGCGUACGCCGUCGACGAGUCCACGAUCUUCAUCAAGGGCUUCUCCUACGACGGCACCGGCCCAGACGCGUUCUUCUGGGUCGGCAACACGUCCAGACCUUCGCCAGACGGCUACAUCGUACCAUACCCAGAUGACUACAAAGGCAGAGAGCCUCCAAUGCUGAAGGCUUACAACAACACGGACGUGAUCCUGAGGCUGCCCGGGGGCAAGCGGAUCCGCGACAUCAAGUGGCUGAGCGUCUGGUGCCGGCGGUUCACGGUGAACUUCGGCGAGGUGUUCAUCCCUCUGGGACUGGAGGUGCCCAAGGCGCGCGUCCUGCCCGAGUUCAAGCGGCUGGCGCACGGCCUGCGCUCGGGCAACAUCAGCGUGCUCGACGCCAAGACCUUCUACAUCCCCAACCUGCACUACGACGGCGCCGGGCCCGACGCCUACUUCUGGGUCGGCAACGGCACCGAACCCAGCCCGCUCGGCAUCAAGGUGCCCAACGAGAUAGGCAGCCUGGACCCGCUGCGCGGCUACCAGGGCGAGGACAUCGAGAUCCAGCUGCCGGGCAACCUGACCGUGUACGACAUCGACUGGCUGGCGGUGUGGUGCGUGCAGUACCGCCACAACUUCGGGCACGUGCUCAUCCCCAAGGACCUGGACGUGCCGCCGGCGCUGGGGCAGACCAAGAUCACUACGAGCAGCACGGCGCCAGCGCCCGGGGACGUGGAGGAGGUGGGCUCGGGCAACUGCCGGCAGCUGCUGGGCGACCGCCUGCAGGUGCGCUGGCAGAUGAUGGCCGACGGCGUGCAGGUGCAGCUGGACGCGCGCAUCCGCGAGGACCAGUACGUCGCCUUCGGGCUCAGCGGCGAGCAGGGCAGGUCGACCAUGGUGGGCGGCGACGUGGUGGUGGCGUUCUACGACGCGUCGACGGGCCAGUUCCGCGCCGACGACUACUACAUGUCGGCGACGGCGCAGUGCGACGGCCAGAACGGCGUCUGCCCCGACGAGCGACUGGGCGGCCGCAACGACGUCGUCGUCGUCUCGGGCCGACGGACCCGCGGCGUCACCACCGUCGUCUACAAGCGACCUCUGCGUACCAACGAGCCGGUACACGACCGUGCCAUCCCGUCGCAGGGCGCGGUCUCCGUCAUCGCUGCAAUCGGGCCACUCAACACGCGCAAAGAAGCAAAUGCGCAUGCGCCCACGGACAAGACCGCAGAUGACAUACGGAUUGACUUCAGCAGCCGUGAUGAUAACGACUGCGUGAUAUCCCCAUCAGAUGUGACAGAAGCACCUACUAUCAAACCUUGGCCAGUCGAAAAAAUCCUGGGAGAAACACAAUUCACGGCGCGCAUCGGACCCACUGGUGGGAAACGCGGUUACACCCCAAUCACAGGACAUCCUUCAUGGGGAAUUGCAUGGUACAUAAAUGACCGCCUCAUACCAGAAAUAACAGUUGAGAGAGGUCAGACAUACACCUUUAUGGUAGAAGGAGGUAAUGAUCGCACAAAUCCUGCACGUUACCAUCCCUUCUACAUAACUGACAGUGAUGAGGGUGGUUUUGGCCAAAAGUCGGAAGAGGAUCAGAAAGAGCAGAGAGUUUUUGCAGGUGUUGGCUAUGAUGCAGAGGGCUAUCCCUAUCCCACGGCAGCUGGACGUUACUGUGAAUGGACACACAAAACCAUUGAUAAAUCAGCAGAGACAGAAACAUUUGAAGAAUUCCUAAAAACAUUGAGACUAGUGUGUGAUGAUGGUGCACCAGCUUACCUCAACUGGACUGUUGAUGAGGAAACACCAGACUUGGUUUACUAUCAGUGUUACACCCACAAUAACUUGGGCUGGAAGAUACAUGUCGUGGAUCGAGGACGGUGGUCACAACGAAAUGGUACAAAUUCAGGCACUGUGGUAGUGCCAUCUCUGGUCCUUCUGAUAGCUGUUCUGCUGAACACCAUUCUGCUCUUUCAGAGAUGAAACAUAGACAAUAAGUUUGACAAUAAGAUAUUUGCAUUUGUAUUUUUUUAGGGUGAGUUGUAACCAAUUUUUAAUUUUUCUACAUCCAUGAACAUAAAUUUGCAUUUACGCACAGAA